AUGAAGACCCCAGACUCGGUCAUGGCUCUGUGGACGGCAGCAUCCAUCUUCCUGGCUUUCUUUCUGGGUGUUCACUGUUGGCACGAUCUAGACAACACAGAAUACGACUGCUGGCCAAGCAGCAAUCCAAAUGAUUUCAACAUGAUCAGCUGCGGCGGUCUGGAGAUGGCUUGGGUGCAGCGCCCUCCAGAGAAAGCCACCAACGGGGAGGAAUUCAAUGUUUCGUACGCAGUCACGGCCUCAGAUGCCUUCUAUGACUACGCUGUACGCAACAAGAUUUUCCAGUUCAGUGACGCUGAAGAUGCGAAGAGGUUCUGUCACGAGCACGAAUGUCCCUCCAACUGGAACAACGCCAAUGAAAUCAAUUGCUGCGUGCACCACGCCAACAUCCACUCGUGUCCUUUGGGCCUCAUGAAACAAGGCGGCAUCUGUGGCCCGUGGAUUCCCGAUGAUGGCAAAAUCGUGACUCAUACGGUGUCCAAAGCAGGCAAGAUGAGCCAGAAAUACUGGACGUCAAAGGUGGUGCUAAUCCAUGUGGGCGUCACUUCAGUCAUUGCUCAUAUCAAAGUGGGACAAAUGCAUGCAGCACUGGAAUCUAAAGUGCUUGUGGUCAGUGCUCAAGUGUGUGGGGAUGAUGUCUGUGAGGUGGAGGAGAACUGUCUCAACUGUCCUGCAGACUGCGGCAUCUGCCCCAUGUCCAUGGGCAUCAAAGUGUCCAUCGGCCUCCCGGUCGCACUUUUCAGCGCCGGAUUCAUCUUGACCAUGGUGUGGCUUCAGUACCAAAAACAGAAGAUGUUUUGGGAUGAAAGCUGGAUCAUAGACUAUAAGAGCAUAAUAUUUGGCAGAGUGUGCGGCACAGACUUUGGCAGCACAAACAGCGCCCAGCAUGUGAAAAGCACUUCAAAUGUCAGUCAGUUGACUGACAUAACCAUGUGCACCGGCGUCAACACCUUCUUCAAGCAGGGCUUCAUCCAGCCUGGCAUCUUUGAUGGCAGAACAGUGGCAGUCAAACACAUUCAGAAGAAACAUUUUGCUCUCUCCAAAAGUAUCAGGAAGGAGGUGAAAGAGGUCAGACAACUGGACCAUCCAAAUCUUUGCAAGUUCAUCGGGGGGUCCAUUGAGGUUCCGUAUGUGGGCAUCAUCACAGAACACUGCCCAAAAGGAAGCCUGUCUGAUGUUUUACUCAAUGAUGAGAUCCCAAUCAACUGGGGGUUUAGACUGUCCUUUGCCACCGAUGUUGCCCGUGGGAUGUCCUACCUGCACCAGCACAAGAUGUUCCAUGGCAGACUUCACUCCAGGAACUGUGUUAUUGAUGACCGUUGGGUUUGCAAGAUCUCAGAUUAUGGCCUCACAGUCUACAGAAAAGAGGACUUUGAUGCAGUCAGUAACGGGUUCACUUGCGGAGAUGUAAACCGUGUCUACUGUGCUCCAGAAGUCCUCCUGGGGAGUAGCUCAACUAUGACACCCGGAGCAGACGUAUACAGCUACGCCAUGAUCCUGGUUGAGAUAGCCACUCGCUCUGACCUCAUCUCAGCAGACGGAGUGAUGAUGGACAUCAUGUGGCGCCCUCCACUGCCUGAACUCAAAGCGGGAAAAACCGACGUGGACUGCCCCAGUCAAGAAGACUACUGUGAGCUUAUCAAGAGGUGUUGGUCUCACAACCUCACCACGAGGCCCACAUUUGAGCAGGUCAAGAAGAUGCUGGACAAGAUGAAUCCACAUAAAGUCAGCCCCGUGGACAUGAUGAUGAACCUGAUGGAGAAGUAUAGCAAACAUCUGGAAGCCAUAGUUGCUGAGAGAACACAGGACCUUCUUCAAGAAAAACAGAAGACGGAUCGCUUGUUAUACAGCAUGUUACCAAAGCCGGUGGCCGAUGACCUUCGCCAAGGUCGAACUGCAGAGGCUCAGAGUUUCUCCAAUGCUACUGUCUACUUCAGUGACAUUGUGGGUUUCACACAACUGUCAGGGGCGAGCACCCCCCAUCAGGUUGUGGACUUCCUCAACCAGCUCUAUACCACCUUCGACGACAUCAUUGACAAUUACGAUGUGUACAAAGUGGAGACCAUUGGAGACGCUUACAUGGUGGUCUCAGGGGUCCCCCAAGAAAAUGGCAUAAAUCACGCUGGAGAGAUCGCCAGCAUGGCCUUGGAUCUGGUCAAUGUUUGUCACGCGUUCAAGAUCCCCCACAAGCCCAACACACAGUUGAAGAUUCGUGCAGGAAUCCACUCUGGACCUGUUGUUGCUGGUGUGGUUGGGACCAAGAUGCCUCGUUACUGCUUAUUUGGAGACACGGUCAACACGGCAUCACGGAUGGAAUCAACGAGUGAAGCACUGAAGAUCCAAGUGAGUGGAGCCACGGCUGACCUGCUUCACAUGUUGAGAGGAUACAUUCUAACCUGCAGAGGGACACUCAAUGUGAAGGGCAAAGGUGAGAUGAAAACAUGGUGGCUCGAAGCCAAGCGAAACGAGUGCACGGAUCCGCUGCUCAGUACGUCGGAGAUCACAGGAGGUCCCGUGCCAGUUAGUGACUGA